AUGGAAAUCUUAGUCGCUUUGGAGAGACUUUUAUCUGAAUUUUUGUCUCUAAAGAACUCAGAUGCUGAUAAUCAUGUCAUUGUGCAUAUGCUUAACAAUGAUGUUUUCCACUGAUAUGGCGCUAUAUUAGGUCCAGAAUCUACCCCAUAUGAAGGUGGAUAUUUCUUGUAUCACAUUGAGUUUCCCCAAGAUUAUCCUUCAUCUCCUCCUGACUUUUACUUUAUUACCCCAAUGUUCCAUCCAAACAUAAGAAGUGACGGACGAGUAUGUUGCGAAGUCUUUACAACCGAGCGCUGGCAAUCAACUAUUUCUGUCAGGGCAAUUUUUUCUUAUAUUAUAGGUCUAUUAAAUGAGCCAAGACCUCAAGCAGGAUAUAUCGGAGAAGCUACAGAACUUUGUGAAACGAAUAAAGCUGCAUAUAAUCAAAAGGUGAGAGAAUAUACUGAUAAUUAUGGAAAUUUGAAAUGGAUUAAGAGCUUAAAUAGCGAAGAUAAAGAGAUUGCUGAUACUAUUGAAACUUAA